GUGAAGGUGGGAAGAGGGGCCACGUCACAGUCUCCAGGCCCGGGGAUCCGCGGCUCCGCCCCUCCCACCCCCGCCGGAGCGCUGGGCACGGAUCUAAGACUCACCGGCCCCAGUCCAGGGCCAGCCCAGUCGCCGCCGCCCGCCCACAAAGCCACAGGCAGGUGCAGGCGCUGCUUAGGGGCGAGCGGGCUGAGCGGAGCCGUUAGCGCGCGCCGUCCGUCCGUGCGUCCAAGCCGUCCGCGCGUCCGUCGAGGCAUCCCUCCGUCUGCGCGCGGCAGCUCCCACCCAGGCCCGGCGGCCACGGCCCGUCGUCUUCCCGCACCCUGAGCCGCCCGGCAGAGCCGGCCUUGGCGCGGCAGCCAUGUCCAUGGGCCUGGAGAUCACGGGCACCUCGCUGGCCGUGAUGGGCUGGCUGAGCACCAUCGUGUGCUGCGCGCUGCCCAUGUGGCGCGUGACGGCCUUCAUCGGCAGCAGCAUCAUCACGGCGCAGAUCACCUGGGAGGGCCUGUGGAUGAACUGCGUGGUGCAGAGCACCGGCCAGAUGCAGUGCAAGGUAUACGACUCGCUGCUGGCGCUGCCGCAGGACCUGCAGGCGGCCCGCGCCCUCAUCGUCGUCGCCAUCCUGCUGGCCGCCUUCGGGCUCCUCGUGGCGCUGGUGGGCGCCCAGUGCACCAACUGCGUGCAGGACGACACGGCCAAGGCCAAGAUCACCAUCGUGGCGGGAGUGCUCUUCCUGCUGGCCGCCUUGCUCACGCUGGUGCCGGUGUCCUGGUCGGCCAACACCAUCAUCCGGGACUUCUACAACCCCCUGGUGCCGGAGGCGCAGAAGCGUGAGAUGGGCGCGGGCCUGUACGUGGGCUGGGCGGCCGCGGCGCUGCAGCUGCUGGGGGGCGCGCUGCUCUGCUGCUCCUGCCCGCCGCGCGAGAAGAAGUACGCGCCCGCCAAGAUCGUCUACUCCGCGCCCCGCUCCGCCGGCCCGGGCACUAGCACAGCCUACGACCGCAAGGACUACGUCUGAGGGGCGGCCGCGGGGAGACCCCACCACCCCACGGGCGAGAGCGCCCACCGGUGCCGCGUGCGGCCUCUCCUCGGAGACCAGCCCCCCCUCCCCCCAGGUGCCAGGAGCUCUCACACUGGACCGGGAGGGACCAACCCCGCGGCCCCUUCCUGGGCAGCACACCCCGCUCCCCGGCCCCACGGCGCGCGGGGGACCAGCCCACACGGACAGUGAAACCUCAGCCCCUCCGGAGAGCGGGGCCGGGUGGCCGCCGCUACUUGCCCGCCCCGUCGGGCCUCGGUCCCAAAGCCCGCGUUGGGCAGGGACCGGCAGUCUUGGAAAGGGCCAGUUGAUAUUUUUCAAUAAAAGCCUUUCGUUUUUGCAGUUA